UCUCCCUCCUGUUCAGAGACUAAAGGAGCUCAAGCACAGGGAGUUUGCUCGUAACGUGGCCUCUAAAUCAUGGAAGGACCAGCGCAAACAAGAGAGGGCCCUGAGACGCCUGCACAAGCUCGCACAGCUGCAGCAGGACAGCCAGGGAGUCCCAGAGCAGAGCUGUGAACCCAGAGGUCCAGCCAGGGACAGAGAGGGCGAACAGAGGCACUGGCCUGAGUCCUCAAGGCCCCCCCAGAGGCCCAACCCUCACCGCCCUAGCACCUACCCGGGCGCUACAGAGAGGGCAGGCAGGUUGCUGAUCUCUGUGUGCCGAUCUCCAUCUUCUCCACCCAAAGCUGCUUGUUCUGCUGAUCCUCAGCACCACCUCCCCACCGCCCAUUCCCAGCAUGCAGCAGUGGACCUGAGCGACCCACAUUGGACUCCCAGCAUCCCAGCUCUUGGGUGGGAUAACACGCUCCCCUAUCCGGGGCUGACCCCACAAGCGCCCCGGACCGGGCCCAGGCUGGGGGUCUCCUUCUGCUUCUCCCGCAGAGGACCCCGGCUGGAGCCCUCCGCCUCCGUCUUCUCCGACCUCGAGGAGGACGAGAGAGAACGAAGAGAACAAAAGAGGGACAGAAGAAAGGGAAUAAUGGAGGAUAUAGACGAGGAGAUCAGGGCAAGAGGGGAGAGGGAAUGGCAGACACACGGGGCAGCUCUGGGGUCUCAGCCCAGCUCUGAGGAUCUGGGGCCCAAAGACACCAAGCCAAUGAGUGGCGUUGAGCCGCUUAGAGACCGGGCCAGAGGGAGGGGAGACACUGAAGAGGAGACUUUCAUUCCCACUGUACCACUUCAACAUCAGGCAUGCGGGAGGAAUCGUACUCACUCCUCACCUGCACAGAUCCAGGCAGGAUUCAUAAGGACCAUCCAUCCCGAUGGGCCGGUGUUCAGCCCAACCCCCCCUGACCCUCCAACUAGAGAAACACAGGGCCAGCUGGAGAGCCAGUAUGUCUGUGUGCGGAGCAAAGACGGCAUCACCAGUUUGCGAUGGCCUAUUAGUUUACUGAAAUACACCACGCAUGAACCUUGCCUUGCUUACAGCUGCAACCUGCUAUGUCCCAACCUCUGCCGACCCAGCCCGCAACCGGCCCCAACCCCGGGGAGUCCGGAGCAUCCCAACACAAAUCAGAGAUCAGGCCUCUUGUUGGAGUCUACAGGUCCCUCCAGCAGCCCAGCCAUCCUCACAGAAGAGACACACUUCUAUCUAGCCCAGACGAGAAGCCAGAAGCCAAGAGCAAAAGGCCGGUGUGUGGCGGCAGAGCCCGGCGUGGACCCAGCCCACCUGCUCCUGCAGACCGCGCCGCAUUCAUCAUCAGAUAGGGACCUCGCCGGGGAGGGGGAGCCAAGCGCCCGCUGGGAGAAGACUGAGGGAGAAGCCUACCAUCUAUUCGACUCCCCUCCCAGUGACAGCUCUGACACAAACUCCCACAAUCCUCCUGGAGGCAGAUUAGGGGGUGUGAGUGGGAUCAGGGGUAGAGCUGCCUCAGUCCUGAGCUGUAAAUUACAGUCUGUCAGCCAACCCGGUGCGUCGAGCAAAAGCUCGUCCAGGUGUGCAUGUGGCAGCAAGGUGGCGUGCGCGUGUGCCAGAAUGCAACAGAACGCCUCCGAGGGUGUCUCAGGAACGUCACGAAAAAGGGGAAACGACAGUGUGAUGAAAGGCACGCCCGGAAAGAGAGGUGAGAGGGAGAAAUGUUCAAACAAGCGACGAGCAGCGAGGUGCAGGAUGAGGAGCGUCGUCACCACGGUCCCCACCGCGGCGGGCGGGGAGCGGGAGGGAGGCGAGGCAGGGGGGCGGCAGAGGAAGAGCAGGAGGAGGAGGAGGAGGGAGAGGCAGACAGAGGGAAGGAAGAGGAGAAGGAGAGUGUACAAAGCAGGGAGCAGCUGUCUCCUGGGAAGAUGUGAGGCUGAACCAGUAUCUGUCACUGUCAGGAGCAGGGGGCCCCACAGGAGCCACUACACAGAGUCCCAGUCACAACCCGACAGGGUGCAGGCGGGCCACUGCAGAGCGCACUCCCUGCCCAACAGAUACCCAGCAGGCAGGGAGGCCCAGCGAGGGAGGGAGGGGGAGGGAGAUGUGCUGGAGUCUUUCCCCUGGCGUUCUCACUUGUCCCCUCAGCCAUUCUCACCGGGAUGCACUGCUAAAUUGUUUGGGGAUAGGGGUCACCAUGGCAACCAUGGGAGUUUCAUCGACUGCCAUUUCCAUGACAAUAGCUGUGAUAGCGGGCCAGCAGGGAAGAGAACCCUUCUCUGCGGGGAGAAUAAAUACUUUUAUAGUCGCUGGAAGAGUGUGAAGUGCUGCCGGUCGUCAGCUGAGACAGGGGGCUGGAGGAACAGAGGAGCACAUGGAAGGAUCAGAGCGAGACACAGGCUGGGACAGUGGGGGGCGGGCCAGAGAGUUUCAGGGGGGGUGGGGGUGGGGGGGGCUACUAGCGGAGCGGCAGAUUGGGAUAUCGCAGGCCACUUUAGCCCAAAUGCAGGAGGGUGGAGCAGCAGACUGAGCAGGUGCUUCCGUCCAGAAAUGGCGGACUGGGACCGGGGCAGCCUUGACAGCUGGACCUGGGGCAGCAGCGACAGCUGGGAGGACAGGGGGACCUACAGGUCGACGCCGGUGUCCAGGGACCACAGGGACAGUCCGGCCUUUGUGUGGAGGCUGUCCGACAGCCCUCAACACCUCUCCAGUAGCCCAGAGUGGUGGGACGGCACGCAGGCCACCAGAUGCCGCAGCUCUCGAAGUCCCAGCAGCACCAGCGUGUCGGAGCUGAGCGGUGACUGCAGCAGGAGCACUACCCGGUCCAGAGUCAGCCUGCCUCAGUGGGCGGUUGGAUCCUCCUUCGAUGGUCUCUACGCUGGGGUUGAGAAACACUCCCCUCUGAGUGAGAAGCCGAGCGGCUCCUCCUCCUCAAAUGCCGGCUACCAUCCCAACGCACGGGUCGACACAGCCUCGCUGGCCUCCCUGAUACUGCCAAGUGCAAAAACACAGCCCCGGUGUGCAAGCGGUAGCGCUGAUCAUCUGUCCCGGCCAAUGCAACCUAACUCUGAGCCUGACCAUCACCCCCAACCCUUUGCCCCUGGCCCAACCAACACCUCAGAGAAAAGCCCUCCAGAGAGCGCCCCUCCACUGAGGCCAGCCAGGACAUGGCUCCUCCCUCUGAUAGGGAAGCUCCCUGCUAUUCAGAGGAUAGCCAGGAAGAGAAAGGGUUUAGAAGGGACGAGUCUGCAGGCCGAGGCAGAGGAGAAAAACAUAGUGAACGAGAAAGAAUUUACAACACUUGCUAAUCAUAAUCAUUGCACUAAGAACGGUAAUGUUUCAAGCUGUUGCAGUGCGGCUCCUCUCAGAAUGGACAAACAGACAGCUCAGCCCAUCAGCUUCAGCGCUGAGGAAAUGGACAAGUACCGUUUCCUUCAAGAGCAGGCUAGAGAGCACAUGCAGAAGGUUCUGGCCCAGAACCUGGAAAGGGGAACCAUGCAGCACAGAGACGCAGACCAGGGGAUCUACAUGCAUGUGUCACAGCUGAAGACCUAUGAACUGGAAGGACAUCACACGCUCCUGUCACACUUGCAGCCCCACGGACACCACAGCCACACACAGACAGAAGCACAGCACGCCCUUUCUAUAACCCCUCCUCCCAUGCCCACAUUCAUGCCUCCACAGGAGCCCUACGCCCAGCCCAUGCAGGUCGGACCCCCGAACCAGCCCUCUCUGCCUCUGUCUGCACUCCGACACAUCAUCCUACAGCACAGAGCCUCCUCAUCACCUUCAUCAUCCUCCAUCUCCCAUGGCCUCGCUCCGCACCCAGCCCCGCUCUGCCACCAAAGCCAGCACCACCUGCUCCAUCUACACUCCUCCCUGCCGCACCACUCCCAGCUCUCCCCGCUCUGUCCUCUCUCCGUCUCCAGCCUGUUUCCCUCCGUGCUGCUCAACCACCAGCCUCCUCCACCACCCCCUCUACUCCUUCCCCGCAUCCCGGCCUUUCACUUCGCCCCCCUGGCCUCCGCCCUGCCCCCAAUGGCCCUCCACCCACUGAGCACACAGCUCUUCCUGGACAAAGCCUGGCCGCUGAGGCUCCGGCAGAAGGCCUUAUGA